AUGGACCGGCUGGCACAUCCUCACAUCUUUCUGGAGUUAAUGCUUUCGUCAUGCAUUGUACCCUACGGUCUCUCACCUCCGGUUGCAAUUUUCAUGGAUAACGAAGAAUACCACACGGAUAUCACUGUUCGGUUUGUCGUGAAGAUGACCCCAGAAAAGUUACGCGAGGCCGAAAGCCGGACCACCAACACCAUGGUUGUGUUCGAUCACCUGGGUUGUUUGAAGCUAUAUAAAAAUGUGUCCCAUUUACUGCGGGACUACUUCGACGUUCGACUUCAGUGGUAUGAAAUGCGCAAAGCUUAUCUGGAAGGAACGUUGGCCGCUGAAGCGCGUAAACUUGAGAACCAAGCCAGAUUCGUUUUGGAAAAGAUCCAGUCUCAAAUUUUUAUCGAGAACAAACCAAAGAAAGAAUUGAUUCGGAUUCUUCAAGCGGCCAAUUAUGAUUCAGAUCCAGUUCGAGCCUGGAAAGAGUGUUUGGACAAGUUGGCUAGCCUGGAGGAGGAGAUGGAAUCUGGUUCCCCUGAUCAGCAAGUGGUAUCCGAGACAGGUAGUCCGGAUUACGACGACAUUUUAAACGUGCCCUUACGGAGCUUGACAAGGGACCGUAAAGAAGACUUGCUCGCUCAGCGAGAUGCGAAGCAAAAUGAGCUCCGCAUAUUGUGCUCUAAAACACCCGCCAUGUUGUGGUGUGAGGAUUUAAAGAAACUCGAGGAGACUUACACUGUGAGCCUCAUAAUCUCACUUUUCGGAUUUCUGUUUUCCGUUUUCCUUUAG